CUCGGUGAGCGAACUAAUUCCCUCAAGUUGAAUCGAGUUCUGAAACUAAUUGUAAAUGUAAUUCACGUCUGUGUUGCAUAGUUAUAAUACUCUUCUACGCACGGACAAUUUCGUUCACUCGUUUUUGUUUACUUUGUUUUUGAUUUACUGAGGGGCGACCGUCGGAAAGGUGUCCGCCAUUUUUGUUCGGGGCAAACAGUCCGCGAGUGAAAAGAUGCCGAAGAGUUGUUCUGCAUACAACUGCACAAAUAGAUACAGCAACAAGAAUCCGGAUCUCACGUUUCAUAGGUUCCCCUUCAGCAAGCCGUCCGUGCUGAAAGAGUGGCUUCACAAUAUCGGCCGAGAGGACUUCCAGCCAAAGCGGCACAUGGUCAUCUGCUCCGAGCACUUCAGCGCGGAGAGCUUCAGCGGCCUGGGCAACCGGAAGAACCUGCUCUGGAACGCGGUACCCACGCUGUUCACCUUCCCCGCGUCUCCUUCCAAAAGAAGAAAGUCCAAAAAGAGGUUAAAAGAAGAUGUUACCCUGGGAUUUCAAAAGUGGGAGGAGAUGUUGCCGGGGGAGACGGAUGGCCUAUCGCGGCUGGCCCCGGAGGACGCCGCUGCUCCUGAUUCGCCAGGAGAGGACAAACUUACGGCUGAACAGCAGCUGAGCCCCCGCUCACAGGGUUCCGGGCCUUCCGACCACAGCGGCUACACCCUCCCUGACCCCUGUGAGGCGAAGACCCGGCUCUUCCGUUCACUGGACGCCAACAGACAGCUCCGCAAGAGGUUAAAGGUCAAGGGUCAGGUGAUCCGGCGGCUGAGGGCGAAGUUGCGCGAGACCCGGCGGAAGCUGGCCAGCGUCCUCGCGGGGCGGGGCCGCGUCCGGAAUCCCACCGCCCGCGGGCGCAGGAAGUAACCGGCUGCACUUCCUGUCCGGGGGUUUUCCGCAUAUUCACAGACUUUGUGUGUCUGCACGGACUCAACGCACUUUAGAGACCUUUUUAGCCACAGUGGGACCAGCAACUAACCCGUUGGAAGAGGUUUUUUUUUUUUUUGGAAUGUUUAUUUUCAGUGUUCUAGAACAUCAGCAUUAGAAUUUCGGUUGAAAAACAUUCUAUUCGCAUAUUUGUGACCUCAUACCUUGAAGGAUUAAAACGGGGACUAAAAGGGGACUGUAGGGUUUCCCAGUGCAUAUAGUGUACACCUCUGCAACCUCACUGUCCCCCACCAAACCCUGCACACUGCCUUCAGGAAUCCUCAUUAGCUCCCGUUCAAAUGACCUGAUCUUACCCCCAUUAAAAACCUAACCCAAUUAAUUUUCUAAUUAAUCCGAGUUAAAGAAGUUUGGAGUUUAGUGCAAGGUGGAUAAUUGGUGGGAGUAAUGAGUUUGUGGAUCUAAAGUCAGCGUCUCGUCGGUGAUACAGGGAUUCUGUUACAUGGCCGGUCGGUGAGUGAACACCUUCAUGUGGAAAGCCAUGAGAAUGGAGAAUUAAAAAGAAAAGGAUCUUUAUUAAUGUCCUGUUUUCCCCUUUUCUUUCAUGGCUGCAGUGAUUGGCCAAAUGAGACGCAGAAGUGCAGAAUCUCUAAAGGCUGUUUAAAACCCUCACUUUCACUUCUACAUUCCACAUCUGAGCGUGCUCCUGAUUAAGCCCAG